ACAGUGUUCCGUCCCGCCCCUUCCUGUUUGCUGCAGCGAGGUUCUUCUCGCGAGGUGUACUAAGUUCUGGUCGGGAGCAGAGCUGACACGAUCCUUACCGUUUUCGGCCUGCAGAGGGCGACACCGCCCCGCAGAUCCGGGACGGUCAGAAGAAAACAGCAGGACGGAGAAGGAACCGCCGGUUCCGAACUGCGGAUCGAUUCUGAAGGUUCGGCGUCGGUUUGCGGUGCUUCUCUGCGCAUGCGCUUGGACUGAGCGACUUCGAUCAAAAACGAAUCACCUGGUUUCUUGCAGGCUGACGGUCAGGCGAGGACUUCCGGUCGGGUUCGGAACCAUCAGCAUGGCGGUCCAGAUGUGGUGCCUGUCGUUCCGGCAGCCGUACGCCGGUUUGGUUCUGGACGGGGUGAAGACCGUGGAGAGCCGCUGGCGCCCCCUGCUGGCGCCGCUGGAGAACCGCACCCUGGCGGUCCACAUCGCCUGGCGCGACUGGGAGGGGGAGGAGUGGAGGGCGGCGCUGGGCGGAGCCUGGGGGCUGAGCGCCGCCCGGGUCCAGGAGCUGCUGGAGUCCGGGGAACGGUUCGGCCGCGGCGUGGUGGCAGGCCUGGUGGAUGUGGGCGGGACCUGGCAGUGCCCCGCCUCCCUGCCGGAGGCGGAGCUAGCAGAGUUGCAGCGGUCGGCCGUUCUGAUUGGUCUAGAGCAGAAGCACCUGACCCGGUUGUCCAAUCCCCGCUGGCUGAAGGGGCCCCUGAAGGCCCCAGGAGGUCGUGACCUCUGGACCGUGGAGAUUCCCGCUGAGCUGUUCCCAUGACAACACUUGGUAAUGAGGACGUAGCAGUAGGCUCAUCCCUGGUCUCCAUGGCAACAGAAUUCUGCUGAGACCCGGCUUCCUGUGUAAGCUCCUCCCCCUGACCAGUCGGACCAGAACCAGACAGGGGUUCUGGUCCGGUCCAACAUGUUUGUAAAUAGUCUGUGUUGAUUUUUGUAAAUAAAUUUCUACUGGUUGAAAAUA